AUGAAUAAUUUAGAGAUAUAAAAUGAAUAACAAUCUUAAAACAAUGAUGAAGGAGAAUAAGAAGAAGAUUCAGAUUCUCUUCAUAAUAAAUUGUUAUUAAACAAUAUUCCUACACCAUCUCGAACAGAAUCUAAUUUUUAGACAUCCACUAAUAAAUCUAUUCAUAGAAAGUCAAUAUAAUAACUUAAUCAAUUAAGCGAUAAUAUGUAGUUUAAAUUAGAAUCCAAAAAUCAAGAUGCUUCAUAUAAUGAUCUCGAUUUAAAGAAAUAAACAUAAAUAUCAUAUAAUUCUUCUAAAUCAUCAAAAACAUAAGCCUCAAUGAAGAUUAGUUUAUUAUAGGCCUCAUUAAUUGCUAAAGAUUAAUUGAUAUUAAACUUAUAAGAAGAAGUUAAAUAAUUAAAAAAACAUUAAAUUAACAAAGAUCAAUAAAUCAUUGAACUUUCAAAGAACUAUGAAAUCAAACUCUCACAAAUGUUUUAAAGAAUUACAGAUUUAGAAAAAAUAAUCAAAGAGAAAGAUCAUGAUAUUGAAUUGUUUAAAAAUGGAAAUAAUACCUUAAAUCUACAGGAUUUAUCAGUAAUUACAAAUAAAUAAAACGAUACAAAAAAAAUUAAACUAAAUGAUCUUUAAUAAAAUGAAUCAUAAGGAUAUCGAUAAAAUGCUGAAUUAUAUCUCAAUAGCAAUUUUUGGUUGAUUUCUGCUGAAAAAAAACUUUAUGGCAAUAAUCCAGUAUUUAACUAUUAAUCAAAAGAUGUACUUGAUGCAAAAUAAUCAUAAUUCUAUUAAUAAUAAUAAAAAGUAAGUGAUAAAUCAUAUUGGCCAAAAUAAAAUGUAGAAUCAAAUAAAUAAAUAAAACAUAAUUCUAAUGUGUAAUUACCUAAAUUAGUUGAAAUGAAUUCUCAAAUUAAUUUAUAAUAGCUUAAAUAUUAUCAUAAUAAUUUAAGGAGUUCAAGUCUUUAAUAAAAUAAUUAUAAGAAUUAUUCAUCAAUGUCUUAACUUAAUAUAAAUAAGGAUGUUAUACCUUAUGAUCCUGAUGAUUUUAUAGCAGAUUAAGAAAUAAAAUAGAUUUUUACUAUUUAAUCACCUGUUAAAAAAGAAUCUAUAGACUGGGAUUCUUAACCGUCAAAUAAAUACAUGAUAACAUAAAAUCCUAAUUUGAAUUAAGCUAAAUUAGAUUAUAUCGAUAAAGUGUAAUUAUCAUAGAAUAAUAUUUAUUAACGUAAGCAAAACUAACAUAAACUAUCUAAUAAAUGA